AUGGCUAGACGCCCAACUCAGGGGGCCAUGGAACCAGCACCCAAGGCUGAUCUCAAUAUCGGCGACCAGAGCCUCGGCACGGCACCUGUCAGAAAGGGUGACCUGUGCCAAUCCUUCCUUUCUGUUUUGCCAUUUCUUGGCGUCGGUGUCAAUGGCUUUCCUUCGUACAUGAAUGGACCCAUUGGUGACAUUGUGUCUUCGAGGCUUUCUGACAAGGUGGAAGGCGUUUUCCACGAGGCGCACGAGAAGAGGUUGCUGUUCGAUCCCUUGACGAAGCCUAUCGAUGUCAGCGGCGACCACAAGUUUAUCGCACCCGACUAUUCCAGGGGCGCCCAGCGAGGCCCUUGCCCUGGUCUGAAUGCGCUGGCCAACCAUGGCUACAUCAACCGGAAGGGUGUCACCAGUCUGACCGAGGUGACCGGAGCCAUCAACAAGAUCUUUGGCAUGGGCUUGGAGCUGUCGACCAUCUUAUCGGUGAUGGGUACCGUGUUCGUCGGAAACCCUCUGUCGCUCAACCCAGGCUUCUCCAUCGGCGACACUGCCAGCGGCGCACAGAACCUCCUUGGAAACCUUGCCGGACUUCUCGGUACACCUCGAGGUCUCACCGGCUCACACAACAUCAUCGAGGGCGACUCUUCCAACACUCGAGCCGACCUCUACGUCACCGGAGAUGCUUCCACCCUGGUUCUUCAGCAGUUCAAGGAUUUCUACGAGAUGUCCUCCGGAGAGGGUGACUACAACUUUGACGUCUUCGCUGAGCGUGCUUACAUCCGCUUCCACGAGAGCGUGGCGACAAACCCCAACUUUUACUACGGGCCUUUCACUGGCAUGAUUGCUCGCAAUGCUGGUUAUCUGUUUGCUUGCCGCAUGUUUGCAAACCACUCUUCCGAGAACCCUUCUGGCUUCCUGAACAAGGAGGUCCUAAAGAGCUUCUUUGCUAUCGAGGGCGAGGGCGACAAACUUACUUACAAGCGAGGAUAUGAGAGAAUCCCCGAGAACUGGUAUCGUCGACCCGUUGACUACAGUCUGGUUCAUCUUAACCUCGAUGUCCUGGCUUUGGCUGCCAAGUACCCCGAGCUUGCUAGUAUCGGAGGCAACAUGGGAGAAGUCAACAGCUAUGCCGGAGUCGACCUCAGUGAUCUUACCGGCGGUGUCUUGAACCUGACUAAGCUGCUCGAAGGCAACAACUUGCUCUGCUUCGUCUUUGAGAUUGUCAAGACUGUGGCACCCAACUCGCUUUCUACCCUUUUCAAGAUUAUCGAGGUCCCACUCAAGCUCGUCACCGAUACUCUCGGAGCAGCUAUUCUGGAUCUUACGUGCCCGGCUUUCAAGGAUCUGACUGUUGGUGGAAAGAGUUUUGAGGAGGGCAUUCAGGUUCAGUUCCCUGGAGCCAAGCUUGGUGCUUCUGUCCUGUAA